AUGCCGGACGGCUCAGAACGGACGGCGACCAAACCUGGUGGCACAUUCGGUACUCUUGCCAGGGAGCAACAGUUCAAAAACCCUCCGACGGAUGGUGCUGCCGUCCCCAUUUUAAAUGAGUUUGUUACCCCGCACAUCGAAUCCUUCAAUGCUCUAUUCGACGACUCUGGUUUACCCGCAGGAGAUGGAGACGGUCGAGGUCUUCUCUCGCUUGGUAUCAAGGAGAUUGGUACGCGUGUGGUGUUUGAUGGAAAGGGGGAAAUUGGAGCGGAAAGCGGUCAGGGAGGGUGGGGAAAUCGUCUAAGCAUGUGGUAUGAACAAGUAGUCGUGGGGAGACCCCAAGUGUCUGACAGAGAUCACCGAGUCAGAGAUAACAAAGUGUAUCCCUCUGAGGCACGCGAACGUUUGACCUCCUAUAGGGGUCGCAUGGUCGUGAAAUUGUGUUGGAGGGUGAACGACGGUCCUAUUGAAAUCGAGACCAAAGACUGUGGGCUAUUGCCUCUUAUGGUUCGGUCUGUUCGUUGCAAUCUGCGCGGAAUGUCCUCAGCGGAGCUGGUCUCAAAGCACGAGGAAUCAGAAGAAUUCGGCGGUUAUUUCAUUAUCAAUGGAAACGAACGUCUCAUUCGGUACCUCAUUCUUCCCAGACGACAUCACGUCAUAAGCCUUGUUCGACCAUCCUUUGCGAACCGUGGGCCUUCAUAUACCGCGUAUGCUGUGCAAAUUCGUUGCGUACGUCCUGACCAGACGAGUGUUACAAAUACUCUACACUACCUCUCCAAUGGCAGCGCCAUGCUUCGUUUCAACUGGCGCAAGCAGGAAUAUGUCAUACCCAUCAUGCUCAUUCUCAAAGCGCUUGUUUCCGCAUCUGAUAAGGAGAUAUUCGAAGGCGUAAUGAUGCAGGAUUAUGAAGACACUUUCUUGACGGAUCGCGUGGAACUUCUGCUUCGCAGUUUCAAGAUGUACAGUCUGGUUACAGGCGACCAAUGCCUUGAAUUCUUAGGAAACAAGUUCCGUGUCGUCCUGAACAUGCCUGAGGAUUGGACAAACAAAGCUAUUGGUGUCUGGUUAGUUCAAAAGAUUCAUGCUUCGGAAGCUGAGGUUUUGUUACCAGGAACUUUGUAUGGCAUGAUUAUCAAAGAGCGCCUUGAGGAGGCGUUAAACGGCUUCGCGAACGGUAUUCGACAAGAUGUGAACAGAUCGGAGGCAUCGGUGGACUUUUUUGACAAACGUUAUAUUCGGAAAGUUCUUGGUCGGACAAACUUUGAUAUUGGGUCGAGAAUGGCGAAUUUCCUGGCUACUGGGAACCUGAUAUCACCAACCGGACUCGACCUCCAACAGGCGUCCGGCUUUACAAUCGUGGCAGAAAAGCUCAAUUGGCAACGAUACAUCAGUCAUUUUCGAUCGAUUCAUCGCGGCGCAUUCUUUGCAGAACUCAAAACUACUACAGUCCGGAAGCUGCUUCCAGAAGCUUGGGGUUUUCUCUGUCCGGUGCAUACCCCCGAUGGCUCGCCCUGUGGCCUUCUCAAUCAUCUUUCCCGUACAUGUCGAAUUGUUACAGAGCCUGCAACAGUGAUCCACAUCCCCGCCUUGCUUGCUGCGCACGGUAUGACACAGGCAUUCGCCCCAUCCAUCGACGGUCGCCGAAAUCUUUGUGUUCAGCUUGACGGUAAACUGAUUGGCUGGGCACCUGCACCGGUAUUGCAACAACUUGCGACCAAUUUGCGGAUAUGGAAAACAGAGCACAAGCAUGAAAUUCCCUUGGAUUUGGAGAUUGGGUUUGUCCCGGUAUCAAAAGCUGGCCAGUAUCCGGGGUUAUAUAUAUUCUCGUCCCGUGCGCGUAUGAUGCGACCCGUCAAGUACUUAGCCAAUGGAAGAGAUGAUCAGAUUGGUUCGUUUGAGCAGGUUUACAUGGAUAUAGCCUGUACACCAGAAGAGAUCGAAGAAGGCGUCUCUACGCAUGUCGAGCACUCACCAACGAAUUUUUUGUCCAUUUUGGCAAAUCUCACGCCAUUCUCUGAUUUCAAUCAGAGUCCACGUAACAUCUAUCAAUGCCAGAUGGGUAAACAGACGAUGGGAACGCCGGCGACAGCCCUCAGGCAUCGCACAGACAAUAAACUGUACAGACUUCAAAGUGGACAGAGUCCAGUCGUCCGCCCCGCCCUUCAUAAUACCUACGGCAUGGAUUCGUUCCCAAAUGGUACCAAUGCUAUUGUCGCAGUGAUUUCCUAUACCGGAUAUGACAUGGAGGAUGCCAUGAUCCUCAAUAAAUCUGCCCAUGAGCGAGGCUUUGGAUACGGAACCGUUUAUAAAUCUCAGACUGUGGAUUUGAAAGACAUGCCAGGGACUUCACGAAACUCGUCGACGCCAACUCUGCAUUUCGGUUUCGGCUACGAUAUCAGGACAUUUGGCGAUAAACAACAUCCUUGCUGUGACUUCUUGGGUGACGAUGGCUUACCUUUCGUUGGGGUCCGAUUGUCGGCAGGCGAUCCUCUUGCUGCGUACGUGGACGACACGACGGGUCGAACCAAGUUUGUCAAGUACAAAGGAGACGAAGUUGCCUAUGUCGAUACUGUUCGACUCCUCGGCUCGGAUGCUGGAGACUCCGAGCUACAAAAGGUGCAUAUCAGUUUGCGAAUAACGCGUUCGCCCGUAAUCGGCGACAAGUUUUCGUCUCGUCAUGGUCAAAAAGGUGUCUGCUCCCAAAAAUGGCCCGCGAUUGACAUGCCGUUCUCGGAGAGUGGGAUGCAACCAGACGUCAUUAUCAACCCGCAUGCUUUCCCGAGUCGGAUGACGAUCGGCAUGUUAGUUGAGAGUAUGGCGGGCAAGGCUGGCGCUAUGCACGGUCUCGCCCAGGACGCCACGCCUUUCCAAUUUUCAGAAGAGGACACUGCUGUCGAUUAUUUCGGCCAACAAUUGCUAGCGGCGGGGUAUAACUAUUACGGUAACGAGCCGAUGUACUCUGGCAUCACUGGUCAAGAAUUUGCCGCCGAUAUCUACAUCGGAGUAGUAUACUAUCAGCGCCUGCGGCAUAUGGUGCUGGACAAGUUCCAAGUGCGAACUACAGGCCCUGUAGAUCCAGUCACUCGACAGCCUGUCAAGGGUCGGAAACGCGCAGGUGGUAUCCGAUUUGGAGAGAUGGAGCGCGACGCCCUCAUCGCCCAUGGUACCUCCUUCCUUUUGCAGGACCGCUUGAUGAACUGUUCCGACUACUCCACGGCGUGGGUAUGCAGGACGUGCGGAAGCCUGAUCUCGCUCGGAUACGAAGAUGUCAGCCUAGGCGAAAUGGUUAUAGGCGCGUCGGGCAAGCUCAAACCUACAGGCCCCGGCGGAGAGUACUGUAGGGUCUGUCGCGCGACAGCGGAAGAGGAGGACGUGCGGGCACGGCAGGCGCUCGCAAACGGGCAGAAUGACCGGCCGGGAGUGCAAGGCGAUCUGAGAGUCGCGAUCCCUUCCCAACACGUGCUCGGACCUGCAUCAAAAGGUGGGGAUCUAGACAUUGUCGCCGUACCCUACGUCUUCCGAUACCUUUGCGCCGAGUUGGCAUCUAUGGGUAUUGCAAUAUCUCUUGAGGUUCACUAG